AUGGCUCAACGCUGGACGAACUUCAAGAAAAAUCUGUAUCGUAUUCCCGAUGUCGCCUUAACUCGCUGGCUUCGGAACAGUCCCUCUUGCCAACUGCAACUGCACGCCUUUUCUGAUGCUAGUCGACGUGCGAUGGCUGCGAUUAUCGUGCUUCACUGGCUUCACUCCAGUAUACCUGUUGGAAAUUCCUUGAUCAAUAAUUACAUCAGCCACAUUCAAGAAAUCAUGCCAUCGAUCAUUUGGGGACACGUGCCGUCGCAACUGAACCCAGAGGACGUGGCCUCCCGUGGAGCUAAGUUAACCACACUCACGCAUGACAACUCAUGGUUUGAGGGACCUGAUUGGUUGCGCGAGUCACCUUUCAGUUGGCCAUGCAGUUCCCUCAAUUUUGCAUCGGUAAACGUCAGUCAAAUCGUAGCCGAUGCGAUGAGGCUACGACUCAAGCGUCCCUCCACCGUCCCUAUUCUGUCGCCUAUCACUGCUAACGAAUUUAAUUACGCCUUUUACGCAUGCGUCCUUCUAAGUCAACGUCAUCACUUCGCACCGGAGCUAGUACAAAUUCGAACGAGAGAAGGUUACCUGUCGCGCCAAAGCCCACUCAAAGGUCUUGACGUAUUCGUAGAUCCGAUUGGUAUCCUGCGAGAAGGAGGCCGUCUUCAACACUCAUCGCUUUCAUACAAUGCCCGUCGUCCGCCGACCUUAUCGAGUGCCGACCCUUCGGCUAAGCUGGUGAUUACUUGGGCUCAUCACCGGGCACUUCAUGGUGUAUUUCGCUCGACGUACGUUCAUGUAGUUCGCCGCGCUUGGAUAAUUGGUGGAAAACGUCAAAUCCAAGCACACAUACAUCGAUGCGUUGUGUGUAUCAGAGCUCAACCGAGGCCCAUUAAACAGGCUAUAUCACCUUUGCCCCUAGAACGAGUCACUUCGGUAAGAGGUUUUACACGCAACCGGUCUUGA